GCGAUUGGUUGACACAUCAUUGUGGCGAGAUGUUUGAAAGAUAGCUAUUGACGUUUCUGUUCAUCCUAAAAGAAUACAAUGAAUUCUUUAUAAACAAUAUUCAAUUUACAUAUUAAAACGAUGGAUUAUCAGACUUCAACUACUGCUCAGACUGAAAUGAGAAACAGUAUGGAAACAGAUUCUGUUGAGAUGACAGCUGACAAAGAAGGAUGGAACAAGGAUGUUCAUUAUGAUUUCAAAACUCCAUCACAUCAACAGAUUGGUCAUACAGAUCUCACUUCAUGCCUGGGCAGCGCAUGCAGCGACAGUGGGUAUUGUGAUCGAACCCUAGAAUGGACAUCAAGUUCUGUUAGUUCUUCAUCAUCAUUCCAAAAUUUGGCAUUAUCUUCUAAUAGAAAUAAUGUCCAGACAAACUCUUCAGACUAUGAAUUUUCACCAGCUUUAGAAUCUAUUCAUUUUAGGAAAAGAAGGCCUAAAGUCUUUGAUUCUAGACCACCCCCUCUACAGUUGUGUUUUUCUGAUGAUAAAUUGUUCAUUGAUGAUGAAAGUAUACACACUACGAAUACAGAAUUAGGAAAUGAUAAUGUGAAUCUAUUUCAAACUAAAGUAAGAAAUGAAGAGAAAGAAAUUAUGUCACAAAAGGACUGCGAUGAUGCAGAUAGUGGUGGGAGUUCACCUUUGUCUGUAUCCACGGAUGAUUUACAGAUAAGUUUACAAGAAAUGUCACUGGAUGAGAUGACAUCAUCAUGGUCUUCUAGUUCUAGAACUUCACCAGAUUUCUCUAGGCAUCUAAUCUGUGAUAAGUCAACAGAAACAAUGAUUAAGUGCAAUAAAGAAUCUUUAAAUGUAUUUCAAGGGGAGCCCAACGAUUUAUGUGUUAUACAGUCUUUUAAAGAUACCAAAGAGCAUUGCAGUCACAGUGUUGAAGAUUCUGAAUGUGAAUUGAGAAAUUAUCCAACCUUAUUUGUAGACACAUCAACUGAGGGAGACUUUUCUUCUCAGAAGCUUCAGUCACAUGGUGUGUUCCUGUUGGAUAAUGAUCAAACCAACCAACAGAUAAAUCAUGACUCACUGUUUAUGAAAAGUCCAAAUAAACGCUACAGCAGUGAUUCAGAUCUUAGUGGCUCACAUAAUCCAGUCAAAUGUAAAAGAACUCAUUAUAUAUCUGGGUUGCAAUAUGAAAAUGAUUUAUCAACAAACCCAGAUGGUGUUGAUACCACAGUUUUACAACACGCGAAUGUUGACUUUUCAUUAAAAAAAACCAUGAAGAAAGCUGAGAUUUCUCUAUUAGUAUUAAAUCCUCACUGUGAUGUUGAGAGCCUACAAGUAUCUCAGCCUAUUUGUGUCAGCAAUUCUGAAAAGGAUACCUUCAACAGCAAGCAUGUGCACAAUAUUUCCCUCAAAGCAGAGAGGUUGUCAAGAAUAAUCAAACUUCAUUCGCCAUUAGAAAGCUCGCGCCUAAUUGGUCGAAAUGUAGGACUUUGCAAAUUGGAUAUCAUCAAGAGACUAAGCUCCAGUUUUCCGUUGCUUCUUGGGAGAAUAUUUACCUACUUAGACACAGCUGACUUAGAAAGUGUUAGCAAAGUGAGCCUGGAGUGGAGGCAAGCCCUUCAUGAUGACCAGAAAGCUUCAAGAAGAUAUAAAUUAUUUAAAGAACAAUUAAAACAAAACACCCAGACUGUCAAAGAGGAAAAGGAGAACUGUGGACAGAAAUUUUUGUCUUCAAGUUCUGAACACAAGGAGCUGACAGUUUCAAAGGGGCGACUGACUUGUUUACAGUCUCAAGCUGCUAAUGCUAUGAUCCCUACUGUCCCCUCUGUCGCGACAAACGACUCUUUUCUAACCGAGGAUCAGCUUCGUAGAUGCCCCAGGUGUCAGGGCUCUGCUAUCAUCAAGCCUAACCAGGAUCGAGCAACUUGCCUUGAUAGUAAAUGUGGCUAUGAUUUCUGUAGCCGAUGUUUUGCAAGUUUUCACCAUCCCAAGCCCUGUAAACCUCUAUGUAGAUCUGCUUCCACUGCUGGUGUUGCUGGGACUAGAAAGAGUAAAAAGAAUUUAAAGCGACUUUGACAGUUUAAAACAUUGCUCAAAAACACUAGUCCAGUACUCCGUCAUUUUGUCUUGUACUGUUGUUUUAUAAUGCACAACAAACAAUUCCAAUUUUUAAAAUAUUAUGGGUAAUUUAUUUGUCAAACAGUGUAUUAAGUAAGAUUAACAUUAAGUAUUAUUUUAAAGACUAUUAACUUUUAAUGACAUAAUGCUUUUAAUGUUUGUCAAAAGUAAUGAUGUAUUGCUUCCUAUGACCUGUUGAAGAGUGCCAAUAAAAUUUAUGUGAUAAUGAAAUGAUUAUCAGUCAUGAAUGAGUGUGGUGACAGUGUGUCCAAGAAAAACGUGUACAUUUUUUAUAUGAGCUAUGUACAAAUUUUGAUAUUUUUAUUUCAUGUCAAUUUGUUGACCUGUAGAUGUGUACAUUGUAAUUCUAUUUACUGCUUGUUGAUGUUUUUAUGCAUUUUAGAUAUUCAUUGAUUUUUACUUUUAAAUCUUAAUAUAUUAAACAAAUGAAAUGAUACUUUUCUUUUAUUGUUAAUGUACAUGGAAUUCAGUUGUGUCAAAAAGAUUAAUUAAACAGGACUGAUCAUAGUGUUUCUAAACUAAUGUUCCUAAUGUACAGUUUGGAAGACUUGGCAUCUAUUGUGAUAAAAGUUUUUAGUAAAACCUGCACAAAAGAAAUUUAA